AUGUCCUUCGCCGCCAGCUCCCUCUUCUGCAUCCCAAGCGAGAACUUCAGUCCCGGCACGAGACUGGAGGCGUCAAUCAAGUCCAGCGCGCCCUCGGACUCCUUCAACAGAAGACGCAAAAUCACCGCCACGUUCUCCACGGGAUUGAAGGACACGUGGGUACACCGGACGCCCGCCGAUCCGUCAGCAGCUCAGCGCUCUCUUGACUAUCCUGAACUGCACACCAUUGAGCUUUCCGUGUCGUGCGCCGUGCGUCGCCACUGGCACGGCACGUCGCAGAGAAUCCUGUUGAAUUGCAUGCUCUCCACUUUGCCCGUCUCCCGGAUCAUGCACUGCAAGUCCGGGAAGCCCUCGCUGUCCUCAGCUACUUCUACGAGUACAACAUUCCUCAGCAAAGGAUCUAUUCGGCUCGAAGAGCAGCAUUAUCCUGAAAUUAUGGAUCUCAUCGCAUACGACUUUCCGGGAAGCCGACAAACUGCCAAACUUCUACCGGCGCCACGACAAGGCGGCGGAGCGGAUUGCCGGCGCAGGGGGCGAUUGAGGAGGUGCUGCAGCACAAGCUGACAGGCUGCAGGAAGUCGCACGAGGGCAAAA